AAGAAAGGAUUGCUAGUGCGGCACGUAAUUCUUGAAGUUGUUGCUCAGUCAUGCGAGCAUCAUCCUCUUCAGGAACCUAUAAACACAAGAUAUAUUAAUACUUAUAAAGUAUCAAAUCGCCUUGGAUCACGCUUAGAAAAGAUGAUCCGAAGGAUUGACAAAGAACUGGAACAGUAUGACAGUGAAGUUGGUUCGAAAUUAAAUUUAAUUCAAGCAAACGAGAGUGGACAAAUAAGUGUUAGUGAUUUAGCGGAAGCACUUAGUAUUAUUAAACAUACACCUGGUGAUAAUGAAAGGAUUAAAAAGAUUGUAAAUAAAUUGGAUGCUGAUGGGGAUGGAUUAGUAUUUUUAGAUCAUAUUUAUGAAUUAUGUUCCGAAGGAGAAGGUUUAGGCGUAUUAGUAGAAAAGCCUCAAGAAGAAAAGGUUCCUAAACCCAAAAAAGAGGACAUUGUACAAACAUGA